AUGCCAACGUGGGCAUACUCCCCACUGUGCAACCUGCCGUCCACCCGACAGCACAUCUGGACGACCUCUUCCGGCCGCUUUUUCACGCUGCUUCGCGGCGACGUACGUGAAAACGGCAUGCGCUCUCAGCUCUGGUUCGGAGAACGCAAGGAUUGCCAACGCAUGGCCGCGCAGUGUUCCGACGUUUCGAUGUACCACAGCAGCAGCGUGGCUGGCGUUGCAAACGACCGCGCUUUCACACCGCACCGCGCCAACACGCCUGGUGUUCCGAUCGCCAGCCAGGGUGAUAAUUGUACGAGAGCUUACGCGAAAUGA